AUGGUCGAACUAACAAAAGUGGUAACAAUGUUUGCAAGUUACAAAACACUUUUCACGAACUUCAUCUUAAUUUAUUCUUCACAACGCUGUGGAAUCGAUUCAUAUCAGAAGAGCAGAGAGGUGCUGACUCAGUCCAGUGCUUUUCACAACUGCUCCGAGACUCUCGGUUCUUCCUGUGUGUCCCCAGCACCUUCCUUCUCCGACUCGGAAGCGCCCGUAGAGCCUUCGUCAUCAGGUCACACCUCCCGCACCUCGGGACACAGCAGCAGCCGCCUCUCGCUCUCGCUCUCUGGGAAGGCGGCUCGCUCGGACGCAUGCGUGAUACAGAGACUCCGCGCCUGCGCCGCUCUCCACCCGGGGCGUACACCCUGGGUAAGCCGCGAAGGACUGCGUCCGGGACGCGCGUGCGCAGUCGCUUUUGAGCGCUACUCACCCCCCACCUCCAAGCCACCCCGCCAGCCCUACCAUUCAUUCCACUCUCCUCUACUCUUCCACUGUAUUAAGAGGGCCUGCCCUUCCGAUACGUCACGAACGAAAACAGCUUUCGACAGGGAGACUCCCGGCGCCCGACCGCAGCGUCGUCGAGGGCGCACCGCCGCGGGCUCGGGCGGCCUCGGGGGCCCAGUGCGGCCUGUGUUGGUGGCGGCCGCCGUGUCGGGCAGCAGCGGCGGGGCGGGGUCCACGGGCCUGUCCCGGCUCAGCUGCGCUGCCAGGCCCAGCGCCGGCGUAGGAGGGAGCAGCUCCAGCCUAGGCAGUGGCAGCAGGAAGCGACCUCUGCUCGCCCCGCUCUGCAACGGGCUCAUCAACUCCUACGAGGACAAAAGCAACGACUUCGUAUGCCCCAUCUGCUUUGAUAUGAUUGAGGAAGCAUACAUGACAAAAUGUGGUCACAGCUUUUGCUACAAGUGUAUUCAUCAGAGUUUGGAGGACAAUAAUAGAUGCCCCAAGUGUAACUAUGUUGUGGACAAUAUUGACCAUCUAUAUCCUAAUUUCUUGGUGAAUGAGCUCAUUCUCAAACAGAAGCAAAGAUUUGAGGAAAAGAGGUUCAAAUUGGACCACUCAGUGAGUAGCACCAAUGGCCAUAGGUGGCAAAUAUUUCAAGAUUUGUUGGGAACUGACCAAGAUAACCUCGAUUUGGCAAAUGUCAACCUCAUGUUGGAGUUACUAGUGCAAAAGAAGAAACAGCUGGAAGCAGAAUCACAUGCAGCCCAACUACAGAUCCUUAUGGAAUUCCUCAAGGUUGCAAGAAGAAAUAAAAGAGAGCAACUGGAACAGAUCCAGAAGGAACUAAGUGUUUUGGAAGAGGAUAUUAAAAGAGUGGAAGAAAUGAGCGGCUUAUAUUCUCCUGUCAGUGAGGAUAGCACAGUGCCUCAAUUUGAAGCUCCUUCUCCAUCACACAGUAGUAUUAUUGAUUCCACAGAAUACAGCCAACCUCCAGGUUUCAGUGGCAGUUCUCAGACAAAGAAACAGCCUUGGUAUAACAGCACAUUAGCAUCAAGACGAAAACGGCUCACUGCUCAUUUUGAAGACUUAGAGCAAUGUUACUUUUCUACAAGGAUGUCUCGUAUCUCAGAUGACAGUCGAACUGCAAGCCAGUUGGAUGAAUUUCAGGAAUGCUUGUCCAAGUUUACUCGAUAUAAUUCAGUACGGCCUUUGGCCACAUUGUCGUACGCUAGUGAUCUCUAUAAUGGGUCCAGCAUAGUCUCUAGUAUUGAAUUUGACCGGGAUUGUGACUAUUUUGCAAUUGCUGGGGUUACAAAAAAAAUCAAAGUCUAUGAAUAUGGCACAGUCAUCCAGGAUGCAGUGGAUAUUCAUUACCCUGAGAAUGAAAUGACUUGCAAUUCCAAAAUCAGCUGUAUCAGUUGGAGUAGUUACCAUAAGAACCUGUUAGCUAGCAGUGAUUAUGAAGGUACUGUUAUCCUAUGGGAUGGAUUCACAGGACAGAGGUCCAAGGUCUAUCAGGAGCAUGAGAAAAGGUGUUGGAGUGUUGACUUUAAUUUGAUGGAUCCUAAACUCUUGGCUUCGGGUUCUGAUGAUGCAAAAGUGAAGCUGUGGUCUACCAACCUAGACAACUCAGUGGCAAGCAUUGAGGCAAAGGCUAAUGUGUGUUGUGUUAAAUUCAGCCCUUCUUCCAGAUAUCAUUUGGCUUUUGGCUGUGCAGAUCACUGUGUCCACUACUAUGAUCUUCGUAACACUAAACAACCAAUCAUGGUAUUCAAAGGACACCGAAAAGCAGUCUCUUAUGCAAAGUUUGUGAGUGGUGAGGAAAUUGUCUCUGCCUCAACAGACAGCCAGCUAAAACUGUGGAAUGUAGGGAAACCAUACUGUCUACGUUCCUUCAAGGGUCAUAUUAAUGAAAAAAACUUUGUAGGCCUCGCUUCUAAUGGAGAUUAUAUAGCUUGUGGAAGUGAGAACAACUCCCUUUAUCUGUACUAUAAAGGACUUUCUAAGACUUUGCUAACUUUUAAAUUUGAUACGGUCAAAAGUGUUCUGGACAAAGACAGAAAAGAAGAUGAUACAAAUGAAUUUGUUAGUGCUGUGUGCUGGCGGGCACUACCAGAUGGGGUAAGUUUUCAUAUCAGUUUUUUCACCUUGGUGUCUCAUAUAAUACUUUAUGUAUACACAGCAUUUUUUUGUUUUUUACUUUAAAGUAUAAGUUGGCAUGUGUGAUGUGUAUUUUCUUUUUUGCUUAGUAUUGUAUCACCAAAGAAAAUAGGCAUUAAAGUAAUAGUUGAAAUGUCACUAAUGGAACAAUGUCAUGCUGACAUGGUGUUCCUCCUAUGGACCUAUAACAUCUUGUAUGUACUCGCUUAUAGCCAUUAUCACAUUGUCUCUUUAUGUCUCUCCUAUAAGUCUGGAAAUUCCUCCAGAGUACACACACUGUGUCUCAUUUUCCUUAGUGAUCAUAUGCAGUAUGUGCUCAAUAAAUACUCAGCUGAGCUAGUAUUUUAAUAAUAAGAAAAAAAAAAUCGAUGUAGGUAAAGGAGAGUAGCCUAUACGUGCCCUAAUUAAAUACUUUUUCAGUGUAGAAUUGCUCGCUAUAAAAUACAUUUCUAUAAGAUAUUUAAACAUAUUUAAUUUCUUGACAAGAAAGUUACAUUAUUAGGUUAUGAAAAAAGCUUCCUCAAAUUUUCACUUAUUCAUACAUUUUAAUGUAUAAGUUCUUCCAUAAGUUAUAUGAAGAAAUAAUGCUUUUUACUAUCUUGAUUUAUGUAAACAUUAGUUGUUAGUGUCAACUUCCUAAAAAUAGCUUUUUAUGUGCUUACUUGGUUGUUUUUGUUCUCUAAGUAGAAUUAGAAAAGUUGGACAAAGUAUAUGUAUUUUAAAAACAAAAACCUGUUUGAAGGCAUUGGAAAGCAAACAAGACAGAAAAGAAUUACCAGACUAGGAAUGAGAGCCUUGGCUUUUGAGUCUACUUUUCCCCUGGGAGCAUUUGCCAAUUUUGGUGGGGUGGGCUGAAAGCACUAAUGGCAGCUUCACAGGGUCACAGGAAUUGGAGUCCAGUGCCUAUCACUGCAUGAGAGUGACUCACUUUGUUUUAGAUCCCCAAAGGGAUGUAAUCUAGGGUAAUCCGGUUGAAGAUAAGUCUUCACAGUGAUUGCCACUCAACUCUAAUCAUAUCAAUCCCUGAAACUGAAUUGAGGUGACACUGAAUUGCCAGUGUCCACAGCUAGCAAACUUGAAUUCAUUCUGAAAAAAGAUAAUAACAUCAUCUAAGGACUUCAUUUAUUUUCUCAGUUUUCCAAAUACAAUUACUAGGGCACAAUCACAAAUAAACAAACAUAGGAAAAGACAAGAUAGCAUGAGUGAAACCAGCAUAAGCAACAGAUAGGAGAAACAGAAUCACAGCAGCUUUGGAUAUUGGAGUUAUCGACAUAGCUUGAAAGUAACCGUGCUUACAAGAUGAAAGACAAGAUUGAGCAUUUUAACUGGGAACUGGAAACUAUUUUAAAAAUGAAAAUCCUAGAGCUGAAAAAAUAUAAUCAUCAAAAUUAAGAAUUCAGUGGAUGGGUUGAAUGGAAGACAAAGUAGAAAAAAGAAUUAAUGAACUGAGAGGUAAAUUAGGAGAAAUUAUACAGAUGGAAGCAUAGAGAGACAAAAAUGAUUUUAAGAAAUAUGGAAAAGGAGGGUCAAGUAAAAGCAUUUGACUUAUUUAGCAGGAGACCUAAAGGGAGAGAAGAGAAAUAAUAUAGCAGGAGCAAAUAUUAGAAGGGAUUAUUUGAGGACUAUACGGAGUUAAUGAAAUACAUCAAGCCAGAAAUUCAGUAAACCUUUGAAUUGCAGAGAAUGAAUGACUUGAAAUCUGCAAUGUUAGUAAAGGUUGAACAUCAUUCCUGGACUUGAACAGACCUAGGCCUGCCUGAAAAAAAAUCUGGCCUUGGGUCUGUCUGCUCAUGGCAUUAUUUCCUUGGGAAUAUACUGAGUUAAGACGAAUAUGGAAUGUUAUGUGCUAGGGGCUGGUUAUCUCUUAAAUUUACUUUGAGGGCCGGCCCGGUGGCGCACUUGGUAGAGUGCGGCGGCGCUCCCGCCGAG